CAUAAACUUUGUUGUAUAUAUACUAGUAAUAUCUAUAGACAGUACUAUUAUUAUACACUUCGAAAGAAAGAAAGAAAGAAAUGGAGCUAGCUAGCCAGCCAGCCUUUUGUUUUAUUGAAAAGUAAAAAACAGAUUAUACAAAAUAGAAAUUGGGUUGCAACAGCAGCAGUCUUGGUUCGCUUAUUUCCCUUUUUAUUCCUUUUGUGUCUCUAAAAGUGACUGUGGCUUCUUCCUGACUGACUCAGACUAACAGCAAUGGAUGGGCUCUGCUAGAUAAUCGGGAAUGGAAAAGGGUUCAUCCUCCUCCUCCUCCUCCUCCUCCUCUUCUUCUUCAUCGGCUCCCGCCGGCGGGGCAGACUCUCUCAAUGGAUUGAAGUUUGGCCAGAAAGUCUACUUCGAGGGCGUCCUUUCUGGAUUGCAGCCGCCCAAAACUGGCUCGCCUCCCAAGGCGGAGGCGGCGGCGGCGGCGGCGGCGGCGGCGGCUCCUCCGCCCUCUCCUGCCAAGAAAGGUCGAACAGGGUUGGUGCAAGCUGGGCACCCGCCCAGGUGUCAGGUGGAGGGCUGCAAUGUAGAUCUGAGCGAUGCCAAGACUUACUAUUCCAGGCACAAAGUUUGUGGUAUGCACUCCAAGUCUCCAAAGGUCAUUGUUGCCGGUCUCGAGCAAAGGUUUUGCCAGCAGUGCAGCAGGUUUCAUCAACUGCCUGAAUUUGACCAAGGAAAAAGGAGUUGCCGCAGACGCCUUGCUGGCCACAAUGAGCGAAGGAGGAAGCCACCCCCGGGAUCACUGUUACCACCUUACUGUGGUGGAAAUAUUUGUCCGCCCCUGUUCGAUAGCCAUAGCAAAGGCAGGGGAAGCUUCAUGAUGGACUUCAGCGCUUACCCAACUCUUGGGGGAAGGGACUCAUGGCCAAAUACGGCAAUAUCUGGACGAGGCUUGGAGAACAAAAGUGCAAUGUCGGGGAAGCCUCUGCUUGCCUGGCAGAGCGGCAGCUCACAAAACCAUCUUAUUCUGGACAUUCAUCAUCAAGGUACGACAAGUAGGCCUCCUUACCCUGGCCCUGCCAUGGUGGUACCUUCAGAAGAAUGUUUCAGUGGAGUCUCGGACUCUGGCAGUGCUCUCUCUCUUCUGUCAAAUCAGCAGCCCUGGGCUGCAAGAAGCCGCCCUCCCUCAGGUCUCGGGGGAAACCAUUUCCCUUGCGGCAGCACCGGCGGCAUGGCCUUUGCUCAAGCGUCCGGAGAUGGCGCCGGCCACUUGGGCUACCCGUGGUGGGGCUCUAAGGGCAAUCAAGCUGGCAACACUAUGCACGAAGAAAUCCCUUCUGAAAUGGGGCUGGCGCAGUUUUCUCACCCCGGCAACGACCAAUGCGCUGGGGAGCUGGGAUUGGCUCAGCCGAGCGAGACAGUGCAAUUCCAUGAAUUUGAUCAUUCGAGGGGCUACGAUCCUUCCAUCCACCAGCAUCAGCAUAUGCACUGGUCUCAUUGAGCUGACUACUAUUCUCUGUUUGGGUGGAUGCGUAUGCCCGUCUGUCUUUGGUCUGUCUGUCCUAAUGAGCUUAUGAAGACCCGUGUGUGAUUUCUUAUUAUCAAUCAUUUGACAAUUGUGUGAUUGUGGUUUGUACUCUUUGCGUGCGUGUCUUGAAACCUAUUAUCUGUCUGACGUUGGUCCUUGGUGAGUUAAUUCUCUCAUCUUCGUCUU